ACAGCAGCGAAGUUUCCAAAUGGUGUCGCCACUGCGGCAAGUGAUUUGAAAAACAUUUCACGGAUGAGUAGUCAGCAGAUCGAAGCGUGCCGAUCAGGAAACAGCAACAUUUUACAGCUGUGUGUAGCGCGAAUGGAAUGCGAGAACAAAACAGAUUUGGUUUAAACUAGGAAACGCAAUUUCGACACACCGGAUUCCGGAGAUAACAUAUAGUUUGAAAAACAUCACGUUCAAAACAGUUAUGCUGCGACAGCCUUUAAAAGCAGUAGUUUCGUCAUAUAUACAAGCAGUUAUUGUAUUUAAAUUAAUUAAUGAAUGAAAGUAACUUUAUCCUCGCGUAACGGACUGCAACAGACAUAACACAGGUGGGCAGUUUCAUACACCUCGUGCCAGUAUAGACCAACAGUUAUAUAUUUUAAACUUAUUUGUGCUUUAGGAAGGUCGAAAAUAGUACAUAUAGACAUGAGCAACAGUAGUAUUACCGAUAUCUCGAAUUUGCCGAUUUCAUCAAAUUUACUAGCACCAGAAGAGCCAGCCGUUAUUUCAGAUGGUGAAACCCCUGGGACGGUCACGCCAAUGCACACAGACACAAUGUUGGUCACAAUGUCAAGUGACGAAAAAGAAAGACGGAACCGAACCAACGCGAGGUUGAGUCGAAUACCUUUGUUGUUCAAAGUAAUAGGAGUCGUGAUAUUCGCUUGUAUUGUAGUGGUUGCUACAGCAUUAGGAAUCUACUUUGCUGCGGAGAACGCAAAGCCUACGAAUACAACGUUCGCUAUUUAUUAUCCGGAAACCUAUGACGAAAUCUAUUACGUGAAUUAUUAGAACUGCAAUACCUUUGUUUAAUUUCUUGGAAAAAGAAUCAUAGUUUAAGAAGUAUAUGGCUAAGAACAUAGACGACGAGCCAUAUGAACACAAGCUGCAAAACUACAUUCCUAAUUUUACCAAGCGAAUGAGACGCGUGUUACCUAUUCUUUAACACUCGGCAAGGAAAACAUUUAAUGUGUCUGUUGACUCGUGUAUGUCUAUAUUUUGCCUAAUUAUGUGUCGUUUAAUUGUGAAGUGCAAUACAAUAUAUAAACGCUU